AUGAAAAAUCGCGAAAAAUUAAUUGAGUACGACUGCGGUAUCAGAGAACUCCUUAAUGCCGGAAUCGCGGAGCGCGUAUUAGCUAAUCAUAAUGAUCAAAUCGCUUAUUAUAUGCCUCAUCGACCAGUAUACAGAGAAGACAAAACAACAACGAAAAUGCGUAUUGUUUUCGACGCAUCCUCAAGUGAAAAUGACCUCGCUUCCCUUAAUGACCAUCUAAGCCCAGUUGCUGACAUCGAGAAGGCGUUCUUACAAAUAUCCAUUGAUGAAGCAGAUCGAGAUACACACCGAUUCUUGUGGUACGAGACGUUACCAGAAUCGUUUUCGAAAUUGCCUCCAGUCGUUGAAUUACGUAUGUCAAGAGUAACAUUUGGAGUAACGUUUAGCCCGUUUUUGCUUGCUGCCACUAUUCAAACGCACUUGAAAUUUAAUAAGCCGAAUUAUGGCAUGAUUUGCGACACAUUGCAGAAGUCGUUUUAUGUAGAUGACUUGGUUACGAGCGUAAAGUCAUCACAGGAUGCCGAGCUUCUAUUCCGCGGUGCGAUGACUAUUAUGAAAGCCGGCGGAUUCAAUUUACGUAAGUGGAAGAGUAACGAUAUUGAUUUGAAACGACGAUUCUCUCUUGGCGAAUGUGAUGGUUUGCUGAUUAAUCAAAAGGUACUUGGAAUAAAUUGGGAUACUUAUAGUGAUGAAAUAAACGUGGACAUAGAAGACGCAUAG